GUCCUCCAGAGCCAUCGCUGGGUUGAGGGGAGGGACAUUUCCAGGGCUUUUGAUCUGCAGUGUCCACUUGUGAGAAGGAUGCUUUUCUGAAUCUGAUGGACCACUUUGAUUGAAUGCUGUUGUCUCCUGCCAGCCCGCGGCGGUAAGCUUCAGAGAGCGCUUUGUACCUGACGGAGGGAGUCAGAUUCGGGUCUGCAAUGUGUUUUCUGCGUAACAACAAGAUGGGAUGCAGCGAUGCAGCCUGGCGGGUGGCUACUCGCCUUUCCUCAAAGAUGCCGUCUGCCCGGAGGGAGAGCGGGCGGUGACAGGCAGGCGCCCCCGGGGACGUGGCCAUGGCGGUGGCAGGCGCUAACAAGAAGGCAUAAGGGACUGCUCCCAGGAGCACAUCCUCUGAAGCCAUUGCCUUCGCUGGCGGCACAGGGAACAGAAGGGCCCUCUCUGCAGCCCAGCGGGCCAGGCCCCUUUGUGCUUCUGCUCAGGAGAGGCCCGGAGCUGCCACCACUGCGCGACCAUGCUCAGGACGCUCGGGCUGGCCCUGCUGCCUCUGCUCAGCACCGUGGGCUCCGGCCAGGCCAGCGGCUUCACAGACAAAGGCCUGUCCUUGCUGAGCUACCAGCUGUGCAACUACAGCGUGACCCAGAAUGUCCAGAAGGUGGAGGCCGUCCGGCUGUCCCACGUGACCUACGCCCCCUGCGGUGGGUGGAUCCCGUGGAGGCGGUGCCCCAAGACCGUUUACAAGACCCGGUACCUGGCCGUGGACGUCCCCGAGCCCAGGAACGUCACCGACUGCUGCCAGGGCUAUGAGCAGCUGGGCCUCUACUGCGUCCUGCCCCUGAAUCGGUCUGGGGAGUUUGCAUCCAGACCCGGCGUCUGCCCGAAGGAGGGCCAGGAAGCAUCCACCUCGCCGUGUACCCUGGACGCCGACUGCCCCGGACUCCAGAAAUGCUGUUCCUUUUCGUGGGGCCCCCGCUGUGUGGCCCCUGCACCCCAAGCUCCAGAGGGCACUUGGGAGCAUUCCUGGUACAACGUGACCGUCCUGGUGAAAAUGGACUUCAGGGAACUCCAGCAGGUGGACGCCAGGCUCCUGGAUCACAUGCGGCUGCUGCACUCCAUGGUGACCAGUGCCCUGCGGCCAGUGGAUGCUGCCGUGUACCACCUGCACUCGGCCUGCGGGGACACCUCGACCACGGUGUCCCGGCUGCUGCUGGGCCUGCCGCGGCCGGUGCCCGUGGCCAACGUGUCCGCGGUGUUGGACGGCAUCGUGAAGCGUGUCUACGAGGUGAUCAACAUCCAGGUGCAAGAUGUGGAUGAGUGUUUGCAUGAGGAACUCAACGCCUGCUCUGGAAGGGAACUGUGUUUAAACACCGAGGGCUCCUACCGGUGUGUCCGCCACCCAGAGGGGCUGGCCUCAUCCCCCCAGAAGCUGGACGGCACGUGUGAAGACGGCCCUCCCAUCACAGACUACAGGGUCCUCAGUGUCACCAGCAGCAGCUUUCAGGUGUCCUGGGACUUCCAUUCCACCCGGAGCCGCACCUUCCACGUGCAGGUUUCCCGGGGCGAGGAGCCGCUCAGGAGCGCCAGGACCCAGGCAACGGCCCUGGAGGUGACCGGGCUGGAGGCCGGGGUGCUGUAUGGGGUGAAGACCAGCUACCAGGCGUGCGGGACCAACGUCACCGCCACGCUGACUGUCAGAACCGAGGCCCGUGUGUUCGGCAUCACAGUGAGGAUCCUGGACCGCAACAUGACGGAGCCGCUGCUGGACCGAGGCAGCCCAGAGCACCGGGACUUCUCCCGGCAGCUGCUCCAGGAGGUGGAGAGCGCCUUCCCGCCGGCGGUGUUGGACCUGUGCAGGCGGGGGAAGCUGCGGCUGAAGAUUGAGUCCCUCCAGGCCGGCAGCCUGGUGGUGAAGCUCAGAGUGACGGUGCAGGACCCCGAGUUCCCAGUGGGGGUCUCCACGCUGGCCCCCAUGCUCCCGCGGCUGUGGGCCAGCAGAGUGUUCCAGAUCGACCCGAGGGGGACGCUGGUGCAAGACUGGGACGAGUGUGCGAACAGCCUGGAGCAUGACUGCUCGCCAGCCGCCCAGUGCAUCAACCUCGAGGGCUCCUACACCUGCCGCUGCCUCACGGCCAAGGACACCAACCCGGCCCGCGCUGGCCGGGCCUGCGUGGGUGACGUGGUGAGCUCGGUGGAAGGUGCGCCAUCCCUGGUGCCAAGGGUAACGGCCCCGGCUGUCAGCACGGAAACAACGGCCCCUGGCCUGGAGACCCCUGCCGUGUCACCCAGCCCCGGGCACGCGUGGGGCACCCCUGCCGCAGGCCAGGCCCAGACCCCAGGGCCCCCGCCCAGGAGAGGGGACGGUGGCGUGGUCGGGCAGGACAGGAACAACACAGGCCACGGCGUGGAGGAGGCGGCACCCAGCGAGGCCCCGGGUCCGGGGACGGCCAGCGGGGCUCCUGGGCCAACCCGCGGCUCCCUGGAGGCCUCCGGAUGGCCGCUGAGAAACUCCACCGCAGAGCCGCACGCCCGGCCCAGCCCCGCCGAGGGCCCUGCUGGCCACGUGUGGCACACCAGCCUCCCCACGUCGGGCACCCUUCCUGUACCGCUGGGCCCUACGUGGCCGCAGAACACGGACCCUGGACACUCCGGCUCCCCGGACCUGCCCUUGGCCUCCACCCCCACGUCUCUGAAGACCCCGGCCUGCGUUCCCGCCCCCAUCGAGAGGGCCACAGUCUCCAAUGUGACCGGCACCGGCUUCCACGUGGCGUGGGUGACAGACCUCACCCUGCGCCCCACGUUCCAGCUCACGCUGAUGUCCCCGUGGAGCCCCGCCAUGCACCUGGAGACCCGCAACACGAGUCUGCAGCUAUGGGGCCUGGAGCCCGGCGUCUUGCACCUGGUGGAGAUAGUGGCCAAGGCAUGUGGGGAAGAAAGCGCCAGGGCACACCUGAGAGUGCGGACAGCCGCCCAGAAGCUCAGCGGGAAGGUCAGAAUAGCCAACGUCAGGUACUCCGAGUCCUUCCGCAACGCCAGCAGCAAGGAAUCCCAGGAUUUCCUGGAGCUCUUCUUCAGGAUGGUGCGGGAGUCCCUGCCGCCGGCCAUGUGCCAGCACCUGGACACGGGCGGGGUGCGGCUGGAGGUGACACGCCUCGCCAAUGGCAGCGUCCUGGUGGAGUUCGGCCUGCUGAUCGUCGCCGACCUGGAGGCCCAGGCGGUGUCCGCCGCAUUCCUCGCCGCCUUCCAGAACGCCUCUCUGCUGGAGGUGGUCGCAGGGGACACCGUCAUCUGGGACUUCGAUGAGUGUGAGAGGAGGGAGGACGACUGCGAACCCGGCACCACCUGUCGCAACACGCUUGGGUCUUUCACUUGCAGCUGUGGGGGAGCUGCCCCCGCCGUCCCUGUGGAAUUUUCUGGAAGGCCCUGUGAAGGUGACUCCUCCGGUAACACAACCCAGGCGCCCGGGCCUUCCCGGGGCCCCGGCCCAGAGCAGCCCCCCACCCCGGCAGAAACCAGGGCUGCCUCCGUGCCAGGGGCCAGCCCCGGCCCCCCGGAGCCGCCCGCGCGGCUGAACCUGACGGGGGCGGUCAGGGUGCUCUGCGAGAUCGAGAAGGUGGCCAUCGCCGUGGAGCGGCGCUUCCUGCGGCAGGAGGCCAUCCCCGAGGCCUCCCUGUACCUGGGCCAGCCGUCCUGCAAUGUGAGCGACAGCAACAGCACGCACGUGUUCCUGGUGGCCGCGUGGAGCGAGUGCGGCACCCUCGUGCAGAGCAACAUGACGGACACGGUGGUGAGGACCACGCUGAGGAACGACCUGUCCCCCGAGGGCAUCAUCCACCACCUGAAGAUCUUGAGCCCCAUCCGCUGUGCCUUCCGCAACGACCUCCUGACGUCAUCGGGCUACACCCCGGAGUGGGGGGUUUACACCAUCAUUGAGGACCUCCAUGGUGCUGGGAACUUCGUCACGGAAAUGCAGCUGUUUAUCGGGGACUCCCCCAUACCUCGGAAUUACAGCGUGUCUGCCAGUGACGACAUCAAGAUAGAGGUGGGGCUCUAUAAACAGAAAAGCAACCUCAAGGUGGUCCUGACCGAGUGUUGGGCAACGCCGUCCAGCAACGCCCGGGACCCGGUCACGUUUGGCUUCAUCAACAACAGCUGCCCCAUCCCCAACACACAUACCUACGUGAUUGAGAACGGAGACUCUAACAAGGCCCAGUUUAAGCUGAAAAUUUUUUCCUUCAUCAACAACUCCAUAGUCUACCUGCACUGCAAACUCCGCAUCUGCAUGGAGACCCCCAGAGCCACGUGCAAAAUCAAUUGCAAUGACUUUCGGUCGCUGAGAAGCGGUGAACCAUCUGAAACACACCAGAUGUCCUGGGGACCCCUCAUUCGGUCUGACGGUGAGUCUCCAGAUGUGCAGCCAGGCCUGGCCCCCGGCUACAUCGUCCUCAUUGUGGUGGCCGUCUUUGCCGUGGUGACAGGGGUCGCUGCCCUUCUCAUUAUGCGCUACCAGAGGACCACCGGAAAGUACAACUUCAAAACCCAGCCGGACGACUUCAGCUACCAGGUGUUCCAGGACUAGGGGCCCUGGCUGCCCAGAAGGUCACCGUGAGUCAAGCCCGGGUCUUCAAUCAUCACACACUGACGGACGCCUGCUCUGCCCCGCAUUUGGAUGAGCCCCGGAGAUGAUGACAGCAUCACCUCGGCCUGCCCCAGGAGGCUGGUUAUGUAGGUUCUGGACAAGCAGGCCAGGGAGAGGAGCUGAUGGAGAGGUGGGCAUGGUGUUGGCAAUGCCGGCAGCUCCAGACACAAGGAUCUUCACACCCAGCACGGACACAGCUCUGCCAUCCCAAUCCCAGGGCUCCCAGACCCUUCACCGUCCCAUUUUGUCCAUGUGGCCCUUCCUGGUUUUGCUCCCCCUUGACAUUCAUCCUUUUAUCUAUCCAUCUUACCAUUCAUCCAGCCAGCCAGCUAUUUGAUACUUGUUGUCAAAUACGUAAUAUUUCUAAUUUUCCAAGGUAUUUGACAGUACACUUGAAGUUAUUUUUUAACAAUAGGUCAGCAAUAAAUAUAUUGUCUAGUGGACAUACAUGCUCUUACUUUUCUCCUGCAUUACCAGGAUAUUAUUUUAUUCACACAGUGGUGAUGCAAAAGCCACCAUUAAUAGGAAAAAUCUCUAUAAUAAGUAGAAAUAACAUAAUAUAUGUUAUUCUUUAUAUUUUUCAAAAUAUUUUCUCAGCCAUUAAGAUAUAGUCCUACUACAGGGGGAGGUACCACUUAACUAUUACACCAUGGGAAACCAGAGAAGAAAUGGGUGCGUUAUUUACUUAAAGUCACAAAAUGAAUUCAUGAGAAAGUGGGUCUAGAACCUAAAUAUUAGUAUAGAAUUUUCUUCAUUACACCACGCUAACAGAUAAUGCUUGUUACUUGAUUUAAAGCUAAUUGAACUGUAUUGGAUAGUUAACAUCUGAUUGUGUAGUGUUUUUCCUUGACGAACUUGAAAUUGUAACAUGAUCUUUAGUUCUGAAUUCAUGAGAUUAAUUUUGUUGAGUAUAAUUAACUACCACUUAUUGAAACAUCUGGGAAAAGUGAGAUUUCUAAUGUGCUGGAUAUUCUCGGAGUCAGUAAAGAGUUACGAUACGCACUGUUGCGGAUAACCAGAUUUGAACAAGUAGAAUAAACUGCC